AUGGGUCGUUCCAAUUCUAGAUCACAUUCUUCAAGAUCAAAAUCUAGAUCACAGUCUAGUUCUCGAUCAAGAUCAAGAUCACACUCUAGAAAGAAGAGAUACAGGUCUCGUUCCAGGACAUAUUCAAGAUCUCGUAGUAGGGAUCGUAUUUAUUCUAGAGAUUAUCGUCGAGAUUACAGAAAUAAUAGAGGAAUGAGAAGACCUUAUGGGUACAGAGGAAGGGGUAGAGGGUAUUAUCAAGGAGGAGGAGGCAGAUACCACCGAGGUGGUUAUAGACCUGUGUGGAAUAGAAGACACUCUAGGAGUCCUAGACGAGGUCGGUCACGUUCCAGAAGUCCAAAAAGAAGAUCUGUUUCUUCUCAGAGAUCCCGAAGCAGAUCUCGCCGGUCAUACAGAUCCUCUAGAUCUCCAAGGUCUUCCUCUUCUCGUUCUUCAUCCCCAUAUAGCAAAUCACCUGUCUCUAAAAGACGAGGGUCUCAGGAAAAACAAACCAAAAAAGCUGAAGGGGAACCCCAAGAAGAUAGUCCUUUGAAAAGUAAAUCACAGGAAGAACCGAAAGAUACAUUUGAACAUGACCCGUCUGAAUCUAUUGAUGAAUUUAAUAAGUCAGCUACAUCUGGUGAUAUUUGGCCUGGCCUUUCAGCUUAUGAUAAUAGCCCCAGAUCACCCCACAGUCCUUCACCUAUUGCUACACCACCUAGUCAGAGUUCAUCUUGCUCUGAUGCCCCCAUGCUCAGUACAGCCCACUCUGCAAAAAAUACCCCCUCUCAACAUUCACAUUCCAUUCAGCAUAGUCCUGAAAGAUCUGGGUCUGGUUCUGUUGGAAAUGGGUCUAGUCGAUACAGUCCUUCUCAGAAUAGUCCAAUUCAUCACAUCCCUUCACGAAGAAGCCCUGCAAAGACAAUCGCACCACAGAAUGCUCCAAGAGAUGAGGCUAGGGGACGUUCCUCAUUUUAUCCUGAUGGUGGAGAUCAGGAAACUGCAAAGACUGGAAAGUUUUUAAAAAGGUUCACAGAUGAAGAGUCUAGAGUAUUCCUGCUUGAUAGGGGUAAUACCAGGGAUAAAGAGACUCCAAAGGAGAAAGGAUCAGAAAAAGGGAGGGUAGAGGGAGAAUGGGAAGAUCAGGAAGCUCUAGAUUACUUCAGUGAUAAAGAGUCUGGAAAACAAAAGUUUAAUGAUUCAGAAGGGGAUGACACAGAGGAGACAGAGGAUUAUAGACAGUUCAGGAAAUCAGUUCUUGCAGAUCAGGGUAAAAAUUUUGCUACUACAUCUCACCGGAAUGCUGAGGAGGAAGGACUCAAGUACAAGUCUAAAGUUUCACUAAAAGGCAAUAGAGAAAGUGAUGGAUUUAGAGAAGAAAAAAAUUAUAAACUUAAAGAGACUGGAUAUGUAGUGGAAAGGUCUAGCACUACAAAAGAUAAGCACAAGGAAGACGACAAGAGUUCUGAGAGAAUAACAGUAAAGAAAGAAACUCAAUCACCUGAGCAGGUAAAGUCUGAAAAGCUCAAAGACCUCUUUGAUUACAGUCCCCCUCUACACAAGAACCUGGAUGCACGAGAAAAGUCUACCUUCAGAGAGGAGAGCCCCCUUAGGAUCAAAAUGAUAGCCAGCGAUUCUCAUCGUCCUGAAGUCAAACUCAAAAUGGCACCUGUUCCUCUUGAUGAUUCUAACAGACCUGCUUCCUUGACUAAAGACAGGCUACUUGCUAGUACACUUGUCCAUUCUGUCAAGAAGGAGCAAGAAUUCCGAUCCAUCUUUGACCACAUAAAGUUGCCACAGGCCAGCAAAAGCACUUCAGAGUCAUUUAUUCAACACAUUGUGUCCUUGGUUCAUCAUGUUAAAGAGCAAUACUUCAAAUCAGCUGCAAUGACCCUAAACGAGAGGUUCACUUCGUAUCAGAAAGCCACUGAAGAACAUAGUACCCGGCAAAAGAGCCCUGAGAUACACAGGAGAAUUGACAUCUCUCCAAGUGCCCUGAGGAAGCAUACCCGUUUAGCAGGGGAAGAGAGAGUUUUUAAAGAAGAAAAUCAAAAGGGCGAUAAAAAACUAAGGUGUGAUUCUGCUGAUCUUCGGCAUGACAUUGAUCGUCGUAGAAAAGAAAGAAGUAAAGAACGAGGGGAUUCAAAGGGCUCCAGGGAAUCCAGUGGAUCAAGAAAGCAGGAGAAAACUCCCAAAGAUUACAAAGAAUACAAAUCUUACAAAGAUGACAGUAAACAUAAAAGUAGAGAGCAAGAUCAUUCUCGAUCUUCAUCCUCUUCUGCAUCACCUUCUUCUCCCAGUUCUCGAGAAGAAAAGGAGAGUAAGAAAGAAAGAGAAGAAGAAUUUAAAACUCACCAUGAACUGAAAGAAUACUCGGGCUUUGCAGGAGUUAGCCGACCCCGAGGAACUUUUUUUCGAAUUAGAGGCAGAGGAAGAGCCAGAGGAGUUUUUGCUGGGACAAAUACUGGUCCAAACAACUCAAAUACUACUUUUCAAAAGAGACCGAAGGAAGAGGAAUGGGAUCCAGAAUAUACCCCAAAGAGCAAGAAGUACUUCUUGCAUGAUGACAGAGAUGAUGGUGUGGAUUAUUGGGCCAAAAGAGGAAGAGGUCGUGGUACUUUUCAACGUGGCAGAGGGCGCUUUAACUUCAAAAAAUCAGGUAGCAGUCCAAAAUGGACACAUGACAAAUACCAAGGGGAUGGGAAUGUUGAAGAUGAAGAAGAGACCAUGGAAAACAGUGAAGAGAAGAAGGACAGACGCAAAGAUGAAAAGGUAGAAAAUAUCAACCUACUGCAGGAGAGCAGCAGCUUCGCUUGGGGCCCGGGUAUGGUGGAGGAGAUAUUCUCGCCACGAAGAGCCAUGUGGGGCACGAACUCCGGAUCGAGGGCCUGGCUCAAGGAGCGCUCCAAUAAGCAACUCUCAAGGAAGGGCUCCCGGAACCUUCUAGCCGAGAUUUCUGCGUGCGCCGAGGUCAGCGCAGCCUGCCCCGCCCAUUGGUUGCCUCAUGGAAGACCCGCCCCUCGAGGGAGAAGGAGAAACUCGGCAGCUUCUUCGGCCUGUGCAAAUUAUCACAACGACCCUGACGUAAUCCAGCUACCAAUCACAAGAAGCCAUUUUCAGCUUUGUCCAAUGAGAGAGGGUACAGGUUACACGGCCCGCCGAGUUUGA